UCUCAGAUUUCAUUCCUUGCCGGAAGAGCUCGGAAAUGUAAUAAAUAGUUCAAGGGUUUAGGGUUGUAAGGGUUUGGGGGGUUUCCUUAAACAAAUUAUUAUUUAGGGUCUUUUAUGUAAAUACUAUAAACUAGAGGGGUUGGCCAAUUAUGUAUCCGUAUAUAAUUGGCUAACCCUCUCUUUUAUCGCAGUGGUUCCCUUUUCACUCCGAAUGAUGAUUCUCCAUUUUUCUCCGGCGAAGCCUCCGCCAAAUCUCCGCCGCAUUACGCCGUCUUCCGCCGUUUAUCCUCCGAGAUUAUUCCGCAUCUGCGCUAUCGACGCUGCGCAGCCAUUCGACUAUGAGACCCAGCUCAAAUCGGAGUACCUGAAAUCCUCCGCCCUGAAGAUCGCUGUCGUCGGUUUCGGCAACUUCGGCCAAUUCCUCUCCAAAACCCUAAUUCGACAGGGCCACGACCUCCUCGCUCACUCCCGGUCUGAUCAAUCCGCUGCCGCCUCCGCCGUCGGCGCUCGCUUCUUCCCCAACCCUCACGAUCUCUGCGAGCAGCAUCCCGAUGUCGUCCUCCUCUCCACCUCCAUCCUCUCCACCGAAUCCGUCCUCCGAUCGUUCCCGUUUCAGCGACUCCGGAGAAACACGCUCUUCGUCGAUGUGCUCUCCGUCAAGGAAUUCCCUCGCAACAUCUUCCUCAAGUAUCUGCCUGCAGAAUUCGACAUUCUCUGCACUCACCCGAUGUUCGGUCCUGAGAGCGGGAAGAACUCAUGGUCGGGCUUGCCGUUCGUCUUCGACAAGGUGAGGAUCGGAAACGAAGCUUCUAGAAUCGAGAGGUGCGAGAAAUUUUUGAGGGUUUUCGAGAAGGAAGGUUGUAGAAUGGUGGAGAUGAGUUGUGAAGAGCACGACAAGCACGCAGCAGGGUCGCAGUUCGUGACACACACAAUGGGAAGGGUUCUGGAGAAAUUCGGAGUCGAAUCUUCUCCGAUUAACACAAAGGGUUACGAGACAUUGCUCGAUCUGGUGGAGAACACGGCGAGCGACAGCUUCGAGUUGUAUUACGGUCUGUUCAUGUAUAACCAGAAUGCGCUCGAACAGCUGGAGAGGCUCGACAUGGCGUUCGAAUCGAUCAAGAAGGAGCUUUUCGGGAGGUUGCAUCAUGUUUACAGGAAGCAAUUGUUCGGUGGUGACACUGAUUUGGGAGAAGGGUCGAAGAACACAGAGCUGAAGUUGCUCGGAAAUGGUGUCCCCGUGGAAGAGAAAUCGUCGCCUUCUUGAGAUAAAGUUGCGGGUUUGGUGUGGGAAAUGAAAGGUGGGAGAUUUAGAAUCAAACCCGUUCUUUGAAACCCAGGUUUGCAACUUUGCAUGAUCUGAGAAUGCUCCUUUGUUCAAUUGGGUAAUGAAAAAUCCAAGCUUUUGAGUAAUUUUACUUGAUUAGUUCUUGA